CCUCAAGGUAUGUACAGACAAGUACAUGCCCGACGUCGUAUACCUUAUUCAUGCCCGCCACAUUUCACCAAUUCCAGGCGCUACCUGCUGAAAUCCGCCACUACAUCUGGCACCUCUCACUGAUCCAGGAGAGAGUCAUCCACAUCUCUUGCGAUCGAGGCAUCCUUCCGACCUCCCGACGGUAUGCCCGGUGCUUUCGCGCCAACCGUGCCAACCCACCCCAGCUGCAGGUAAAUAUGGAGGCUCGCCAUGAGUCCCUGCGACUAUACACUCCGUAUUUCGGCACAGAGCAUGCCCCGCAUGGCCGCAUCUAUCUCGCUCCGGAGCGGGAUGUUGUGCACCUACAUGAGGCCGUGCUAGCAUACCUAGGUGACACGGAGCGGGCGACUCUCCAACGGCUGAUGGUUGAUAUCCAGGACUAUAUGACAUUUGGCUCGUACUGGAUGGAUAGAUUGCGUAGCAUGGGGCAGCUGAAGGAACUGGUGUUGGUGGUGUUACCCUUAACGUCAUCCCCGCCCUGGGUGUCUAAUCAGCCACUGAUAGGGGAUGAGGAUAUUAUUGGCGUGCUCAAGGAUGCCUUUGUCGAAGGCGUGCGGACCAGCCCAAAGUGGCUUCUACCACAAAUCCAAGUAAGAUCCCACACAGGAGCCACGAUGGGAAGGAUCCUCGUUGAAGCUGAUGAUAUAGAGACGGGAGUGGAAUAAAGAUCUGGAACCUCCUCUCAAUAUAGAUUUAUUUAUGUAUUAUAUAAUAGCUUCUAAUCCUCUUCCUACCCUCUCUAUCUACUCCUUACGCAAUGUAAUGUCCGCUCUUCUCGCGUAGA